AUGAGAUAUAUUGUUAAGACAAAAUCUGAAGUUGUUACAUGGAAUAAAGAUUUUGAUAGUAAUAAUAAUAAUAAUAAUAAUGAAACUGUAAGGGAAAUUAAAGUAAUUAAAAAUAAUAAUAAUAAUAAUAAUACUAUUGUACCAAUAACAAAUAUUAUUACUAAUGAUGGAGGAAUAAAAAAAAUUCAAAAAUAUGAGGAGUAUGAAAAAAAGGCAACCACUAUAAAUGAUGAUGAUGAUAAAACUUGUGAUAGAUUAAUUAGUAAAAAAUCUGCCUUUAUUCCAAUAAAAAGAGAAGGCUUAUUUAGGGGAUAUUUUAAUAAUCCUAAUACUACUUCUAAUUUUAAUAAGGGUCUCUCAUAUUCUUGUUAUGAAGCAAAAAAAAAUGAUAAAGAAGAUAUGAUAAAAAAUAAUUCUUCUAGUAGUAUUAAUAAUAAUGAUAUUUUAAUAAAAAAUAAAAAUGAUAAUGAUACUAUGAGAACAAGUUAUGUUAAUGGAAAUAAUGUUGAGUCUUAUGAAUAUAAAAAUUAUAAAGGUUUCUCUUCUGAUACCAAAAAAUAUAUAAAAAAUCAAAAUAUUAUUACUAAAUAUUAUCAAGAGGUUGAUGAUAAUAGUAAUAGAAUGGGAGAAGGAGAUUCAAACAACAUGACAACAGCCAUUGAUACACGGCGUUCCAUCUCCAGAGCUUCUAAUAUUAGUGAUAUACCAAGUCAACAUAUUGAUGCAAUUCAUAGUACAUUAGCAGUCUUGAAAGAUGAUGUAGAAAAGACAACAGAAAUAAUAAGACGUAAACAACAGGAACAAUUAAAUGAACAAAAAAUGUUUAAUGCCAAUAUGGAAAUAAAUGGUAGAAUAUCAAUGAUAGCUGAUGAUGAUUGGUUAUCAACAAGAUUAAAAUCUAUAUCUCGUGAUGACAUGAGAAAAGAACUUGAUAAAGUUAAAAAUAAUCAACAACAAAAUGUUGUUGGAGAUACAUUAGCUGCUUUGGUUUAUGAUGUUGAAGCAACAACUGAAGUUUUAAGGAGAGCUGGACAAAGAAAACCAAAAAAGACAAGAGUUGUUAGUGAGGAAGUUGAAUAUAGAUUGAAAUUGUCUCCAGCUCCAGAGAAUGAUGAUUCUUAUGAUCCACAACCAAAAAAAAGAGAUUAUCCACAAUAUAAUGAUACAAUGACAAUGGAAACAAUAAAAAAUGACUAUGGAGUAGAGAUAACAGAAGAUUCUAUAAGUCAAAGACAUCAAAGAGGUCGUUCCCAGACACCCCGUAGAACAAUAGCCAUAGAUUCAACAUCACCACCUCAACCAUUACCAAUUUGCGCCUACUGUUCAGAAGAGAUAGAUGGCCAAAUUUUAACAGCAUUGGCACCUAAUGCAGAUUAUGCACAAAAAUUCCAUCCAUACCAUUUUAUGUGUAUAUAUUGCCAAAAAGCUCUUUCUCUUCGUGGAACCUAUAGAGAACAUGAAAAGAAACCUUAUUGUCAUGAAUGUUUCUACAAAUUGUAUAAUGGUUUACAAUAUUGUCCUGAUUUAAAUCAAUCUAAUAUUGAAAAAUUGAUUUAA